CAACCACGCACAAUGUUACAAAUCCUAAAGAGCCAGAGGGCAGGGAGGAAAGGUAAAUAUCUCCCAGGGAAGAUGACAGUACCUGGGCGAUUGUCUUGCUGUUGCUAUUAGUGUGUAAUGUGAGAUGGAGUUGCAUAUUCAUGAGCUGAGCUGUGACGGCCAGGUGGUAUCACCGUGAAUGAUACCGGCUGCCCCACCCUGACGGAGGCUCAGCACAUCCAGCUGACUUGCCUUCGAAUCAGCAGCAGGAGAAACAAACGUGUCAUCUCCCUUGCCCUGGAACCUCUCACCGAUUGCAAUGGGAUUGAACUUCUCUGCACAGUUGGACAGCAGAAUGCGGGAUUACCUGAGAGGGAGGACGGACGAGGUCCUGGACGACAUGCGACCUCACUGUCGCAGGUGCUGCGCGGCAGCCUUCCUCAACCAGGUCUGCAGCGAGCUGGAGAUGCAGGCGAGCCACGCUGCUCAACUGCUGCACAACAAGGAGUCCGGAAGUACUGACCAAGUGAUAUCCAGUGGCUACAUCAUGCAGUAUGUGGAACACAAGAGGAAGUGGAAGGAGAAAUACUUUGUGAUGAAGGCGAGCUACCUGUUGGAGUGUUUUGAAACUAAAGAGGCUGCCCAGAGAGGAGCGAGAGCAGACAGCGAGAUACGCCUUUCGGGCUGCAUCCUGUUGAACGAGGUGUCCGCCUACAGGGAGAUGCUGAGACAAAGCUGGCCUGCGUUCAAUGGUGUGGCAGACUCUCACUUGGAAGAACAACACAUGAGCUUUCCGACAAGGCACCAACUCUUCCUGUGGCACGCCUACAGACCCCACCUCCUUCUCAGCUUCCGCACUGAUGACGACUCUCACACCUGGGCAAUGCUCCUUGCCGAUGGGGUUCGACGUCUAAACGCUGUGCUCUUUGGCAGAGACUCCUUUGAGGCCCGUGUGUUCCUGGAAGCGGUUCGAGGAUACAGGGAACAGAAUGGACGUUACGGCAUCUGUGACUUGUACUUGGGUUCAGAGAUCGAGAUCCUGAGUAAUCUGGUGAUGGAAGACUUGUGUCCCGUGUUGGAGACUCAGCUCAUUCCUCACGUCAGAGGGCCAGAGAGCAAGCGGAAGCAAACCUGGCUCAGGAUGCUAGGGGCGAUGUUCGGCGUGGUGGAAGGCCGGGUGUCCGAGAGGUUCCAGGCUCUGGUCCAGGACAACGAGGAGCAGAGGCAGCGGCUGGAGCGGGUAGUGCGGCCAGACCUCAGCCAGAUCCUCACCUCCAAGAAGCAGCUCGGCCACAAGCUCCAAGCCUCGGUGGGGGAGAGGGUGCGGGACUUCUGCCGAGCGCAGGUGGAGCCACAGCUUGGGUCAGUGCGGGACGCAGUGGCAGCAUCAGUCAGAGAUCUCCUCGCCGAGACCCGAACACUCUUCUCGCAGGAUGUGGGUGAAGUGAUCAGCGCGGUGAAGAGUGGAGGAGACAACUGCUCGCUGCCUGAGGUAAGCAGGCCGGCUCCUGGAGUUGCCACAUCACUCGGCACAGCUACAUCUCUGCUACAGGAAGACCAACCAGCUGGAACAUCACCUGGACAAAGUGGCCCCACAUUUCACUUUUGACGGGGUUCACUUUCUGGUUCAGCGAGCUGAAAACAUCGUCCAGCAGCUGAUGGAAGAUGCAGUAUACACCUUUCAGCACAUGCUCGCUUCUAUGCAGCCCGCCAUGGGACUCCCAGCUGAAACCAACCAGCUCCUUGAUAAUACCAGAGUCCUUGUCCUAAAGAAGUUCGACUCGGACAGCAAUGCUGCCGGACGGCAGUUUGUUCGGGACACCUCUCUUGGAGCUUGUUCUGCCCUUUGUGCUGAAGAACCUGGAUCCUGUCUGCAAACCAGAGCUGCCUGCGUAUGAGGCGGAUGUGCCUGUGGAUGACGAGGGAGUGAUACAGAUUGAAAACAUCUACAAGGAACUCGUCCUGCAUGUUGUGUCUGAGGAAAUUAACAAAGCCAUGAAGGUGCCGUCCACAGGGCCAGAGUUCAGUCUGUACAAUGAGAGUGUGGAUUCCCCGUGGGAGGGUGAGACCCAGCAUUCCAUUGCUCAACACUCCAAUUCACCGGUCUACAAGUCCAACGGAUUCACCGGCACUUGGGACGAGUGAAGAACACAGGGAUGAAACUGGGAGCACGUCACCGUCGGGGAAUGACACAACGGCUGGAGCAAUGUGAUCAUCACCAUGACUGCUGGAGACGCCGGACUUUAGUCACCAGAUUGAUGGAUGCCAUGGACCAUGAGGGUGGACAAGCACAUUGGAACAGAAAGUUAAAAGGAACUUGCAGCUCAGUUCAAAGAGACAAUGUCAUUUGGAGAUAUGGGGCAAAUCCUGAACAUUCCCAGAUGCAGUUGAUGUGGAGGACUUCAAUCAUCCUUCCACAUAACUGUAACCCUGAAGUGAUCCACAAUGAUGAGCUGUUGAACGUUGACUUAUGUAGAAACAAAGAACUGCAGGUGCCAGUUAAUACACAAAAGGACACAAAGUGCUGGAGUUACUCAGCAGGUCAGGCAGCAUCCCUGGAGAACAAGUAUAGGUGACGUUUCGG